CGUGAGUCCAUCGCAAGUUGUGGUCCUAGCUGACGACCCUCUCGGUGACUACGACCUUACAAGAGCCCCUUGCCUUCCUCUCUAUCUCUCUCUCCGCCAUGCAAUCGUCCUCUGCGUCAAAGACAUCCCUGUACGUCUGCGACACCAUCCCGCCAGCCCGUCUGGCGUCUGCCGACGAUAGAUCAUCGCCUCCGCUGCCAAAUAGUCCUGUUCCCAGCACUACCUUCGAUUUGCUAGCCAUCGACGACGAUACGAGAAUGUCAGCGGAACAGUCGCGAAUGGAUCUUGCGGACAAAGAAGGGGCGGUGUCUGAAAAGGAACGCGGAAAGUCCAUACCUCCGCCGCAACCGCCUGCACGCAAGCUGUGCGUUAGGCAUCAGAGGAUAGCGGAUGAAGGUACUUUGUUAAAGCUUCAAAGGGCUCUCGACGCCUUGCCAGUAGAAGACAGAGAGGCAAUCAACACCGUUUGGUCCAUAUUUUCUUCCUCACCCCAUCCUCGUCGAGCACUCAUAUUACAAGGGGUCCUCACCAUGUGCUGCUUCUCUCAGUUGUCUUUCCUCACCGAGGAACUCAACCAGCUCAUCCGCAUCGACCCCUUCACCGUGUUUCCCCGUGAAGUCUCCCUCAAAGUACUAGGAUACCUAGACGCCACUUCGCUGUGUCGAGCGGCUCAAGUCAGCAGGCGGUGGAAGAAUUUAGCGGAUGAUGAUAUCCUGUGGCGAGGUAUAUGUGAGCAGCACAUAGGGCAGAAGUGUCAUAAAUGUGGAUGGGGUCUGCCCAUAUUGGAGAAGCGUCGGAUGGUCCGCACUUCAUCCUCGACCUGUAUUCCCUCGCCUUCGGCGCAGAAACGCGAGCUGGAAGAGACGGAUGAGUUAGGACGGCGGCCGAAGAAACAAAGGUACGAUACUCCUAUCCCGGAGUCUCAGCUUUCCUCCUUCAGCGCCUCCACAUCGCAAUGCCGACCACCCACGCCGCCGAACGCUGUGCCGCCCAUUCCGUCUCCGGCUCUUCGCAUCACGCGCCCGUGGAAGGACGUCUACUGCGAGAGGCUCACAAUUGAGCGUAAUUGGCGGCGCGGGCGGUGUACUGCGCGUACACUGCAGGGUCACACAGAUGGCGUUAUGUGCUUGCAGUUCAGCGAGACCAUGUCGCACCCCUCUUUCCCCAUCUUGAUCACUGGCUCUUACGAUCGCACCGCCCGAGUCUGGAAUAUGGAGACAGGCGCGGAGAUCCGGUGUCUAAAGGGCCAUACCCGGGCCGUCAGGGCGUUGCAGUUCGACGAAGCCAAAUUGAUUACAGGUAGCAUGGACCAUACGAUCAAGGUGUGGAACUGGCGCACAGGUAAAUGCAUGCGAACACUGGAAGGCCACUCCGAAGGAGUGGUCUGUCUAAACUACGACGACAAUAUCCUCGCCAGCGGCAGUGUCGACUCCACCAUCAAAAUCUGGAAUUUUCGGACGAAGGAGUGUUUCACGCUCAGAGGACACAGGGACUGGGUGAACUCGGUCCAGAUCUGGGACUCGGCACCGGCGUUGUCCAAGAGCAAGUCACCGAGUGUGUCCAGCUCGCAUUCUUUUGACUCGGCGUUCAGCGACACGACCUCGGCAUCGACCACGUCGACGCCGUGCAUUGACCCCGGCAAGAUGCUGUUCUCCGCCUCUGAUGACGGCACCAUCAGACUGUGGGAUCUCACGCUGCGAUCAUGUGUGCGUCAGUUCACUGGCCACGUCGGCCAGGUACAGAGCAUGAAGCUCCUUGUCCUGGAUGAAUGCGACGACGAGCCGGGGGAGUCUACGCCGGAAGAGAUGAGUCCAGAACCAUCAUCGGUGGCGUCUUCUAGCAUGCCAUUAUACGAGCAGGCUUUGGCGUCUAUGACGGUCCCGUCCGACCAAGCUAGCUCGUUAUCAGGACUGGCGUCCUGCGAUAUUCUACCGAGCGCAUCUUUAGGUUCUGCAUCGUCAGCGCCUGAAGCCUCUAAGCUUCCUAUGCCAAAGCGCUCCAAGCCGCUUUUGGUAUCAGGAAGUCUCGAUAACACCAUAAAGCUAUGGGAUAUAGAGACGGGGAAAGUGGUCCGGACGCUGUUCGGUCAUAUCGAAGGUGUCUGGGCGGUCGCGAGCGACAAGUUACGCCUGGUCAGUGGAAGCCACGACAGGACGAUAAAAAUAUGGAUGCGAGACGAGGGCAAGUGUACUGCGACGCUCUUUGGUCAUCGUGGAGCUGUGACCUGUCUCGCCCUUGGAGAGGAUAAGAUAGUGUCGGGAAGCGACGAUGGUGAUGUCAGGAUCUGGAGUUUCGCUGGCUGA